AUGGGUUCCUUUUCUUCUUCUUUUCAAGCCAAACAUCUUUCAUUUAUUAACGUCGCAUGUCUUCUCUUUAUCAUUUUCCUUCUUCUUAGUUCUUGUUCUGCCACAAGACCGGGUGCUUCUCUAAUGAGGGGCGAAGAUAUGCUGAAGAAACCGGAGAAUAUAAAGCCUUACCGGAGAUUGUACGAGACAAGUUUUCGACACCGGAACCAUAUAUUCAACUUCUUCCCUAAAGGUGUUCCUAUUCCUCCUUCUGGUCCAUCCAAGAAACAUAACUCAAUACAGAAUUGA